GCUGCUCUUUUGUUCCCGAUCGGUCAAUAUUUUGAAAAGAACUUUAAUUAUGGCGACCUUCAUAGCACAGGCGUGAAAAUGUCUCUUAAUUUCUCUUUACUUGUCUUGAUAUAUUGGAGCGCGUAUUAAAACCGAUGUCAUGGGAGUGGUUAGACACGUGGUGUGUGCUAUGUCUGGAGGGGUUGACAGUUCUGUCAGUGCACUGUUACUCAAACGAAUGGGCUAUCACGUGACUGGUGUGUUCAUGAAGAACUGGGACUCUCAGGAUGAGAGAGGAGUCUGUUCAUCAGAGAGAGACUGUGACGAUGCUUAUAAAGUCUGUAAGAUGCUGGAUAUGCCUUUCCACCAGGUCUCAUACGUUAAAGAAUACUGGCAUGAAGUAUUUAGUAAUCUUCUUCGGGAAUACGAGAAGGGCAGAACACCGAAUCCAGACAUAAUGUGUAACAAACACAUCAAGUUUAAGCACUUCUAUCAGUACGCAGUUAAUACUUUAGGUGCUGAUGCCAUGGCGACGGGACACUAUGCCCGGACGUCCCAGGAGGACGAGGAGGUUUUCCAACAGAAGCAUGUUCCACCUCCCAGAAGCCUCUUCAGAGAUCGGUUUGAAAUCAGAAAGCCUGUGCGGCUCUAUCAGGGUGCGGACCGCUUGAAGGACCAGACCUUCUUUCUCAGCCAGAUUUCCCAGGAUGCUCUGCGACACACAAUAUUUCCCCUGGCUGGGCUGACCAAAGACUUUGUGAAGAAAAUCGCUGCUGAAGCUGGCUUCCAGCAUGUUCUAAAGAAAAAAGAGAGCAUGGGGAUCUGUUUCAUCGGGGAGAGAGAUUUUGAGAACUUUAUCCUUGAGUACAUAGAGCCCAAACCGGGAAACUUUGUCUCCAUUGAAGACGGGAAGAUCAUGGGGCAGCAUAAAGGCUGGUUCACUUUAACACUGGGUCAGAGGGCUAGAAUCGGAGGACAGGUCGAUCCUUGGUUCGUAGUUGAUAAAGAUAUCACAACCGGUGAUGUAUUUGUGGGUCCAACCACUAACCACCCAGCUCUGUUCCGAGACACGAUCCAGACGGACCGCUUCCACUGGAUAACAGAAGACCCCCCUGUUGAGCUCGUCCGAACUCAGAUGAUGGGAUGUCUCUUCCGUUUCAAUAACCGCAUGCCUCUAACUCCGUGCACUGUAACCUUGAAUCUAGAUGGGUCAGUGUGGAUAAUGCUGAAAGAGACGAUAAGAGCACUGACACCUGGACAGUUUGCUGUCCUGUAUAGGGGAGAUGAGUGUUUGGGCAGUGGGAAGAUCAUGCGUCUCGGACCCACGAAAUUCACUCUUCAGAAAGGUCAAAACUGCCUGAACGUCCCACCUGAAGACACAAACCAACCACAUCCAGAGCCUGUCAGCUGAGACACAUGAGCACAAACCAGCACACCCCUUGUGUUUCAUGUGAGGGACAAUAACAUGAACUUAGUUAGGAGGCUCUUUUAGGAUGGGGAAAUCCUUAGUAGGAGUUGUAUGUGUCGUUUUUUCUUAAUUGUAAUUAACUUGGGAAUUGUAAUUUAUUUGUUAUAUAUAUAUAUAUAUAUAUAUAUAUAUAUAUAUAUAUAUAUAUAUAUAUAUAUACACGUAGUGAAUGUUGCAUUGCUCUUUCUUAAGAUUUUAUUAAUGUAAGUGGUUAUAGUGCCUUUAUGUUGCAUCAAUCCUGACCUAUGCAAACAAAUAUUAAGAGGUUCACAGGUUGUUCUUCUCGAGUACCGUUACUGAGUUCCUUUCUCUGCCGAUAGAGGGCGUGAGUGCAUCACUUACUGUAUGCCUCUGGACAUCUUCCACUAUUUCAGUCAAUUAUUUACAACUAUGUUAUAAUUAAACCGAUUAAAAAACUCUAUAUAGUUAGACAGUUGAAAUAUGACAUAUGUUUAGAUAUCGGGGUUUAGAGAAUCAAUGAUUGACCUCUGAUAAUAUUAUAAAGAUUAAAAAAAUAAAUAAAAGAAUAUAUAAUAAUGAGUUUUGGCCUUAAGUCCUCAUCUGUGGUUUUAAAUAUGCAGGGCAUCCCGGUCUUUUAAGAUAACGGGGGUUGGUUUGUAGGCGAUGACAUAGAACUAAUUUGGUUCCUUUAAAAAAAAAAAAAAACUUUCAGUCUUUGUAAUAUAACUUCAGAAUAACCUUCUUCCAUUUUAAACAACCUUUUGUGCAUUGGAAAUGUUCUAUACUUGUCAACCGAUGCCAAUAAAGAACUAUAUUUUUAAAA